AUGUUCUACGAUCUGAACGUGCCAUGGCCUCAAGUGCCCGGCGCUGGAUCGUCCUCUUCCAAUAACUCGGCGUCUAGUCCGCACACCUCUUCCAAGAAGAAAGCAAAGCAACAACACCCACUGCAGCAAGCCUUGGCUUCUUCGUCGGCAGCGGCAACACCCGAGCCCCCUUCGACCCCGCUCUCUUCACUCCGCGACAAGGAUGCAACGUGUCUGGCACAAAUCCUACUCGAGCUCAACGAGCUGCGUUACUCGCACGUUGCUUUCAACCAUGUCGUACAGUCAAAGUACGACCCUGCACUUCAUCCUAAUGCACUAGCACCACUCCGAGACGGCAGACCGAAUCCGCCAUUCCCGGAGCUUGAUCCACGCACGCGCGCCAAGGGCAAAGCAAAAGUGAGCUCAGCAGGCAAUGCUGAUGGACUUACACAGCUCAGUCGACUCACCCUUGUUCUCGACGAUCAGUCUAUGGCCAAGUCCGGUAGCGGCUGGGUCACUAACAACGCCACCGCACUUCAGUCGUACGACCUCCUUGCCGUACGUCCCACCACAGAAGCUGCAUUUCAACAUGCAUGCUUGACACUAUCGGAACUGAAGCCAUUCAGCAUCGAUAUCAUAUCACUCGACUUUGGUGCCCAGCCUCGCUUGCCGUUCUUCCUGAAGCGAUCUACCCUCAAUGCCGCUCUCGAAAACGGCGUUCAAUUCGAAAUCACCUACGCACAAUCCCUUUCCGAAGAUGGAUCCAAAGCAAGAAGAAAUCUCAUAAGUGGUGCCAGGGAUCUGCUACGAGUAACCAACGGAAAAGGCGUCUUCUUCUCCUCUGGUGCAACAGAGGCGCUCUCGCUACGUGCGCCCUACGACGUCAUCAAUCUGGCCGCCAUCUUCGGUCUCAACCCUUCCGCUGCUAGGGACGCUAUAUCUAACAACUGCAGAAGCUUGCUCCUUCGAUCGCGAACACGUAAAACUUAUAGAGGCGUCCUCUCCCAUCCCGUCGCGAUCCCACCCAAACCCCUAGCAGACCUCGCCACCUCCGACAAACCGAAGUCGGUUGCGAUCGAACGGGUUGAAGCAAACAAUAAGAAGCGCAGAUCGGCUCAGGAUGAGGAAUCGCCACAGCGGCCUUCUGCAGCACAGAUUGCACAAGUGAACAAGAAGCAACGAAUCUAG